UUGAAAACCACUACUCUAAUAGGAUGGCUCUAUUUGUAAGGCACAGCAUCAAACUGUGAAAAAACACAUUAAGAAAUGUUGGUUUACUCAUAUGUGGAAUUUGUCAUAGUGUUUGGUGCAGAAUUGAUAGAUGCAGAUGUUGAAUGCAAACAUAAAAAUCUAGUAAAUAGCAGUCAACUUACUUACUCACUGAACUUACUGAAGGGACUUGGUAGCAUUUUAUUACCUGCAUUAAGUAUGAGGCUAAUUUUUUGUUCACUUCAGAUUAUUGUGAUGAUAAUAAGACUCAUCUUCAAGCUCCUGUGUAGAUUCUGACACUGCCUGAUAUCUUUGCCGAUCUUUUCCUUAAUAAGUAUUGCGUAGUGUUUUCCAACAAAUUAUUCCAACCACCUUUCAUUUAACAGUCGGAUGUAUCACCCACUGUUUGUUGAGGAAAUUUAAAGAAAAGGCUUUCACUCCGGCAUGUUGUUAGUCAUCCAGUCUGACUCCUACCCCCUCACAGUGAUGACUGGCAUUAUAAAUUACAAUCCAGAAAUUGCUGGUCUUGCUUCUUUGGUAGGUCAUAAAAAGCACCAGUUUUAAUUUCAGUCUGCCUCACAUGGGCUUACAAAUAGGUAAUGAAUGAUUUAUUUAAAUAAGGGAUUGCAAAGAUUUGGUUGUAAACAUAUUAAGGAUAAAAGCAGAGUGUGCUAGAGCGUCUUGAUUUAUCUCACUAGGAUGACACUACACCCUAAGUACCUUUUUAGCAUUAAAACAAGAUCAUUUCAAAAGCAAGGAUGACUUCAUUUUCUAUCUAUGCAUGUACCACUACAAAAUCAUUACAGCCUUUGACAAAUACACCGUCAUUCAGAUGCAGAAGGACUGUUAAGUGAAACAGAGCAGAAAUCUCAUUAAAGAGAUGCCCCAAACAAAAAUCAGGAGGGUGUAACAAAUGAUAAAUUGACCUUUAUGGCCUCUGGAUAUCCCAGUAUCUCAGUGCUGUCUGGUGAUUCAUCUUUACGACACGGUGGGGUUAAUGAAAUCAUUGUUUCCCUCAUGUCAGCGUCAUUUAUGCUUUAUUUUACAUGGGUGCACAUCAUGCUUUGCUUACUGAGAUUUGCUUUCAGUUAAGAAGACGGAGAGGAUUUCUUCACAUUUUUAAGUUACACCAAUGACAGCACCAAGAUGACCUUCACUUAUACAACCAGAUUACAGUGUGAUUAUGUUAAUUAUGACACUAGGAGAGACCAGGAUGGGGAAAAUGUCCUUAUUUAGACCUUCUGUCUCAUUCCUAAUGACGGUUGUAAAUUACACAGUCCAUGCCUCGGUGCAUUGAUGGGACAAACGCAAAGUCCAGGAUGGUCUUUAUGCAAAUAACCUGUCUGUUCCUCCUCCCUUUUUUGGGCCCAGGUGCCACUUUAAAAACAGACCUCUCACAAAGCUGUACAUUUAAGGUGAACAUCAACAGUGGAUGUCGUCCGGUCUCACUAAGAGUAUUCGUCUGAAGAAAGAAGACAAGCCAAAGAUUUCCCAAAACAGGAUGGCCCAUACUUUGUGUGUUUUGGCACUUGUGUGUUUCGCAUUUUGUGCUGUGGCAAGUGCAGACUCAGAGCUGGGAUUAGAGGACAUCCAACUUCAGGAAGACUCGUUGUCAUGGCUCGACAAAUCACAGGACAAACAGGUAAGAUAUCUUAAUUUAUACCUGAUAAGUUUCUCUAAUAAUUUCUAUUUUGACAUGAACCACAUGCAUGUGAUGAUCAAAAUCACUCUGAUCCCAGCUACCACUAAAAUGUUGCCCACUGCUCUCCCUUUAGCUGUUCAAUUUACUGCCUGUGUGCACCCAUUUUAUUGAUCUUGAUUUGUUACAAGUGUAAUUUUAUUUUCAGUGAUUCAUUCCGGAUGCUCCACAAACUGCAUUACAUUUAUCAUUUUAUUAUUAUCACAGUUGAACUCCUGGAAAAAUGAAGAUUAAAGAUUGGAGUUGCAUUGCAUUUUCCUUCAUAGCCACCAGCAACUGAAGCAAAAGUUCUACAAAAUAAAUCCAUAUUCAUCUUCACUUUGCUAUCACCAUUUCCCUUGAAGGAAAUAGGCCUAUUACUAUUUCAAAUUUACCAGGUAUGACAUAAAAGACACCAUCUAUGAUUGAAGUCUGAGUAUUUACAUAAUGUCACAUUUUUUUGUCUCCAUAGGAAUCAAAAGAGAACCAGAGCCUGGUAGACCUGCUUUACAAAAUCUCCCAAAUCCUCCAAGGACCCUUCAAUAAAGAGAAACAGGAGAAGAGACGUGGACUGUCAGCCCAUACUAGAGGACCCAACUGCAGAUUUUUCUUCUGGAAAGCUUUGACAACUUGCUAACAGUGCUUUCAAUGAGAUGUUGGACAGUCUGACCUGGAAAUGGAAAAUGUAACCCUUCUCCUGUGUUAGGGUCUGCACUGACCCGUUUUUGAUUUUAAAUGCAUAAAAGAACCACAUGAAUUAGUUUAUUUGCAUCAAGACUUUUUGACUUUGUCAGG